AGUACAAUGUUAGUGUAGUAGGUGAAGUAGGAAAUCAAACUUUUCAAAGGCUCUUCUCUCUACGUAUAACAAACUAUAUGUAUACUAUAUAUAUCUUGAUGGUACCUAUUGUGCUUCUUUGGUGGUUUGAGAUUGUGAGCUUGAACCGAGGCACCUUCAUGAAGGGAACACUGAGAUACCUAGCAGGCACUGCCGGCCCCAGUGGCCACGGUUCUAAAUCAACAGCCGAACAGGUCGCCGAGAGUUGUUCUUACUCGAUCGACACUCGCCGUUUAACCGCUAUAAUCACUGGGGCGACGUGAGGCAUCGGAGCCGAGACGGCUCGAGUGAUGGCGAAGAGAGGAGUGAGAGUCGUGAUAGCGGCGAGGGAUCGGAAGAAGGCGGCCAAAUUGAAGGAGGGAAUUCAGAGGGAUAUUAAUCCGAAUGCUGAGAUUAUUGUGUUGGAGAUUGAUCUUAGUUCUUUGGCUUCUGUCAAGAAAUUCUGCACGCAGUUUCUAGCUCUGGGGCUUCCCCUUAACAUCCUCAUAAACAAUGCUGGGAUAUUCUCUCAGAAUCUGGAGAUUUCUGAGGAAAAAAUUGAGAUGACAUUUGCAACAAAUUACCUGGGGCAUUUUUUAUUGACAGAAUUGUUGAUAGAGAAGAUGAUAGAAACAGCAGAGCAGACAGGGAUCCAAGGAAGAAUCAUAAACCUUUCUUCUGUGAUUCACAGCUGGGUUAAAAGAGACUGUUUCACCUUCAACCAAAUGCUCAACCCUAACAAGUACUUUAAUUCCUUUCCCUAUAUAUAUAUAUAUAUAUAA